AUGCUGCGGCGCUGCUUUCUCCUGUGUAGCGGCCAUGGCGACCUGUUCCCCACGAGCAAGGCGGCUGCUCACCUCAAUCCAGAGUGGGUCAUGUGCCGCGAGGUCCGACACGCCCCCGGCAAGGGGAAGUGCUACGCUGACUUCACAACGCCUGAACACCACAGCAAGUUUCAGAUGAUCGGUCCCGCCACGCAUGAGGUGAAAGUGAUCUCGACCCACAACCCAUCCCUUGUGGAGAUGCACCACUGCGUAACAAAGCGGCCCUCCGCUGCCUCUGUGGCGGCCACCGUAGCCGGGGUGAAGAACACACUCGACACGCAUCGCCCCAAGACGAACGACACUCCAAUCGCGCGCGCAAACAUUGCGGCGAAGCUUGCCGCUGAGGAGCUCGCGAAGACACGUGACUUCAUGGCGCACAAGCGGGGCCCGAUGGAGCGGAACCCCAAGCAUGUCCCGACGGUGGCCUACCCGUCUUCGCAGUUUUACAUCGAGGACCGGGCGAGCAAGCUACGCAAGAUCGAGAACAGCAACCCAAACGGGUAUGUUCGGGAGUACAUGCCUUGGGAGACGAAGCCAUCUACGCCGAAGUCAUCAACGACGUAG